UCUAAACUUUACUGCGGCGCGGCUCGUCUCGCGCGGUCAGCUUUCCGAAGCGCGCACUGGGACGGGGGACGGAGCUCGGAGCGUCCGCGCGGCGCGCGAGCCAGCGAAAACAAAUCCGGAGCUUGAGAUUCUUCCCGAAUGGUUCAGACUUUUUUUUUUUUAAAUCGGUUUUUCUUCCAGUUCGAUUCGUUUUCAGUGUGUAAAGAGAUGGAGCCCGAGGAAAGCAAGAUCUCCGUGUGGGUUUGCCGCGAGGAGAAGCUCGUGUCCGGUCUCUCCAAGCGCACCACGUGCGCUGAUGUGAUCAAGGUGCUGCUGGAGGAGCAGAGCUCCGGCGCGUGCCCGCGCUCCUACUGCAUCGUGGAGAAGUGGAGGGGUUCGGAGCGCGUGCUGCCGCACAAGACCAAGAUCCUGCGCUUGUGGAGCGCGUGGGGGGACGAGCAGGAGAAUGUGCGCUUUGUGCUCGUGCGCAGCGAGGCGUCCCUGGCCGGCGGUGCCCCUCGGAGCGCGGAAGCGCGCGUCGUGCUGAGCCGGGACAGCCCGCGACCGCCUCCUCAUGCUCGACCGCCGGCACGGCCAGCCGCGCUCUCGCGCGAGCGGCAGCGGCGCAUCGUGCGCAAGGCGUUCAGAAAGCUAGAGAGGAUGAACAGAAGGCGCGCGCGAGCCGCGGCAAGCAAGGACACGCGCUCCGCCGAGAGGAUGGAGACGCUCGUGCACGUGGUGGUCUCGCAGGACCACACCAUCCGGCAGCAACUCCGCAGGCUCGAGGAGCUGGACGCGGAGAUCGACCGGCACGAGGCGCGCGUGCAUUUGGACCGCGUCAAGGCGCACGGUGCCAACUACGUGCAGGACACGUAUCUAGUGGGUGCUGGAGAACAGGACGGUGCGCCUGUGACGCUGGAGGAGCAAAAAGGUGGUGAAGGCAGGGGUAGGACCGUGCGCCCCCCUAAAGGGGUCCUCCUAGCGCUCCGUCUGGAGGAGUAUGCGGACCGGUGCGAGGAGGUGCUGCGUCUGCACGAGGACCUGGCGGAGCGCGAGGCCCUCGCUUCCAGUCUGACCAGUCAGCUCGAGGAGGAACUGAACCGGCGCUGGAUGGAGCGCAGGCAUAAGGAGCUCGCGACAGCAGCAGCUGCUGCAGCACCUCCGGGAGCUGAAGAGGGGGAGGUCUUGGAAGAGGAGCGCGUGAGAACCGAGCUGGACACAAGUUUGUACAUCGGACUGAGGCUGAGCACGGACAUGGAGACGGUGAAGAACGAGCUGGACUUGAGCCAGGAGAUCUGGGAGGCGAGAGAUAAGGAGCUGAGGGACCUUUUGGACAAGGUGGACUCGCUGGAGCUGGAGGAUGAUGAGGAUGAUGAUGAGGAUAAUGAUGAGGAUGGGAAUGUAAAUAGGCAUGAGGGGGAAGAAGCAUGUGCGAGGAGGCUGAAGGACAGCACAGACCCAGAGAGUACCAGGGUCUCGUCCAUUCAGUGCCCCAAUGGAUGGGUGGAACAGGCCAGGGGGCUUUCAAAGACCUGCAGCAACAGCAAUGAUGACGAUUCAGACACUGGACUGAGCUCCAUGCACAGCCAGGACUCGGACAGUGCGCCCGUCUGCGAGUCUUUAGUAUAGCAGAGCACAGCUGUGCUAUGGACACUCAAUACACAAUGCAUGUCCAAUCUUCAUAAUAAUGGUGCCAUAAUGGAACAGUGGUCUCCAAAUGGUCUGGAGAGCUCCUGGAGAGCUAACUUCCACCAGACUUUGGACCAAACUCUUAUCUAACUCAAAUCCAACUGAUGCAACGUGCAGCUUUCAGAAGUCUUUGGCUAUGUUCACAUUAGAUUUAAGUCAUUAAUUAGCAGAGGUGUCAAAUGAACCAAACUCAAAUACUUUGUUUUCUUACUUAGAAAUGUUGGUUAUCUACACUUUACUGGAGUAAUUAUAUUUUUCAGACAACUUUUUACUUCUACUCCUCACAUUUUCACACAAUUAUCUGAACUUUCUACUCCUUACAUUUUCAAAAUAGCGUCGAUACUCCUAUUUCAAUAAAACCCCUAUCCAGAUAAAUCUCUCCAUCCAGAUAGAGUGAAUCUGAUUGUGAUUGGAUGUAGAGAAGUAUAAAAAUGUACCAUUCCGACUCCCUAUUGGUUUAUACUGUGAUCCAUCACACCUGCACACGUCACGCCUCCCCCCCACACUUCAGCAAGAACAUAGCAGACGUAUGUAGCCUCGAAUGAGUAUGAUCCAUGCAGAGACUCAAGAGAACUCCAGACAAACUCCAGUCCAACUAAGCUUCUUUAAUAUACUUACAUUCAUUUGCAAUAGCCAUACACAGCUCUGGCAAAAAAUAUAUAGAGACCACCUCAGUUUAUGAAUCAGUUUCUCUGAUUUUGCCAUUUAUAAGUAUAUGUUUGAUUAAAAUGAACAUUGUUGUUUUAGUCUAUAAACUACAAUAUUUGGAACAGCAUUUCUCCCAAAUUCCAAAUAAAAAUAUUGUCAUUUAGAGCAUUUAUUUGCAGAAAAUGAGAAAUGGCUGAAAUAACAAAAAAGAUGCAGAGCUUUCAGACCUCAAAUAAUACCUCAAUUAAAGAAAACAAGUUCAUAUUAAUAAAGCUUUAAGAGUUCAGAAAUCAAUAUUUGGUGGAAUAACCCUGGUUUUCUUGACAUGUUCUCCUCCACCAGUCUUACUCAAUAUUACCCAUUACCCAUAUUCAAGCAGUUCAGCUUGGUUUGAUGGCUUGUGAUCAUCCAUCUUCCUCUUGAUUAUAUUCCAGAGGUUUUCAAUUUGGUAAAAUCAAAGAAACUCAUCAUUUUUAAGUGGUCUAAUUUUUUCCAGAGCUGUAUGCAGCUGAAACUGGGAGCCUAGUUUUAUACUUUAAGUACUUUUGAAAGCUGUACUUUUACACUUACUUAGUAAAAAGCUUGAGUUGAUACUUUUCAUCUUCUACAGAAGUAUUUUAAACCCUAGUAUCUAUACUUCUAUCUACAGAAUAAUGGAUCUGAAUACUUUUGACAUCUUUGCUAAUUAGAUAACUUACAUUUAUAAACAUGAACCAACAAGGUAUGUUGAAAACCAGUGCAACUGAGAUCUGAGCUAAAUAUGAUCUGAGCAAACAUAAAGGAAUUGAUUAUGGUUUGUAUUGGUUUUAAUGUGAACCUAGCUUUGCUUAGCUGAAAGUGGUGUGUCUGAUUUAGGUUGGAGUAAAGGAGCACUGGUUCAGAAACCAUUACUGAUGGUCCACAUUGUGAUUUUCCCCUCUUUACCAACACCUCAGGACCUGGGGGACUGGUUUUAGAACCGCGUCGCUUUUUGUAAAUGACAAGAAGAAUCUUUUUACAUUAAAGGGCUCCACGUAUAUUAAAUAUCCAUAUUUCAAAUUUCUUUCUGAAGUUGUUUGUAGUAUAUGGGUGGGCGAUAUGGCCCCAAAAUAAUAUCACAAUAUUUCAUGGUAUUUUUGCGAUAAUUAUACUCAUGGUGAUAUGACAAAACACUGAAUUAAAAAAAAAUAUUUCAAGAUAUGCAGGGUUCUUGCAGCAUUUUAAAAGUCAAAUUUAAUGGUUUUAAAGACGUUUUUAAGUCUUUAAUAAAUAUAAUUUUAGACCCAAAAAUGUAGUCAUAAUUUCUUUAGUUCUCUUCCGGGUAAAGUUAGUAUGUUCGCUAUCUCUCCGCUAACCUUAGUUCUAUCCUUGGUAAUGUUAGCUAGCUUGUUAAAGCUAGCUUAAGUCAAUAUGUUAGCUAGAUUGCCGCUAACCUUCAUCUAUCCUUGGUAAGGUUAGCUAGCUCGUUUUAGGUUGCUAGCUAAAGUUAGUAUGUUAGCUAAAAUGCUACUAACAUUAGUUAGCUUGCUGCUAAUGUUAGUAUGUUAGCUAACUCGCUGCCAAUAUUAUCUAGCUUUCUGCUAACCUUAGUUCUAUCCUUGGUAACGUUAGCUAGCUCGUUUAAGCUAGCUAAAGUUAGUAUGUUAGCUAGCUUGCUGCUAACAUUAGUUAGCUUGCUGCUAACGUAGUAUUUUAGCUAACUAGCUGCUAAUGUUAGCUAGCUCUCCGCUAACCUUAGUUCUCUCCCUGGAUUAGAUGUUUAUGGUAGGCCAUUUAAGACCUUAAUUAUCAAGAUUUUAAUUUAAGACAUUUAAAGACUUUUUAAGGACCCGCAGGAACUCUGAUGGCACACCCCUAACUGAGAUAUUAAAAAAUACAAGAAUUUUAUCAGAUUUGUAACAGAACAGGGUAGUAACUUAAAAGUGUUAAACAAUCCAAACUAAAUACUCUGUGAAGCUGUUAACUUGCGGUAUAUGAGGCUGGUAACUGAUGAACUUAUCCUGUACAACAGGAUCCUGUCCUUGCUGUUCCUUUAAUGGGGCAAUCCUGGUGAGAGCCAGUUUCAGCAAGUAGUUCUUGCCACAAUAUGGAUUAGAACAUUACUCAAAUAGAGCUAUUCACUGUAUACCUGUAACUCCACCUCUUUACUACUUUACAACUGAUGCUCUCAAACACAUUAAGAGGCAAGAAAUUCAAGUAAUUAACUCUUGAUGAGUUCAGCACAGCUGUUAACUGAAAGCCUGAAUUCCAGGUGACUCUACCUCAUAAAGCUGACUGAGAAAAUCCAGCAGCCAAGAUGUGCAAAACUGUCUAAUCUAAGAAAGAGGUGCUACUUUAAAAAAAUGUAAAACAUAAAAUAUUGUGGUUUGCUCACUGAAUAAUUUCAUAUGUUUUUAUUUACAGUUUAGAUGACUUAUUCUAUUAGUAUUAAUCUAAUACAGAAUUUAAGGUGUGUCCAAACUUUUGACUGGUACUAUAUAUUUUGUAAGAAUAAACAAAAAAGGAAAGUUACACAAAGCAUGUUUUACUGACUGGAUGAUUACGUUUAACACAAAAACAAUAAAGCCAUUCUGCUUAUUAAUUAUUAAUAAAUUAAUUAAGCUGCUCUCGGUUGAAUGUCUUCUAGGGCUGGGCAAUAUAUCGUAACAUCGUUUCCUGCCGGUUCUUAAAAUUUCUUUUACCAUCUCAAACAUAAUCAUCCAGGGCAGUUUGCUGAGUCAAAUAAGCAAAAAGUGUGCAAUUAUAUAAUGUUCAUGUCUAAUGUUUAUAUUAUUAUUUAUUCACACAGUUAAAAAUCAGUUUUUAAAUACAGAACAUGCUAUUAUAUGGAGUUACAAACACUAUUUCUCUUAUUAAGCAUACUGAGAUAUGAGUUUUUUAUUCAAUGUCACUCAGCCCUAGAUUCCAUUUACAAACAAAUGACCAAAGUACAUUUUUUUUGGAAUUUAUCACACAUAAGGCAUGAAUAACAUAGAUUAAAUAUAAUGAUAAUUACAAUAUUUUGCCCAGCCCUACCACGAAGUGUCAGACCAUGUAAAGUUACAGAGUGGGCUCACCGAGUGCUGAGGAGCACAGUGCAGAAAAGUGUCCAAAGCUCUGCUGACUCAGUGUAGCUGUCCCAUGUAAAGUAUGUAAAUGUGUCAAUUAUGUUAAAUCACAAAAGCAAUAGGCUUAAUACAUAUUUAGUUUGCAGCUUAGUUGGGGAGUAAAGGUACAAUUUGAAAGUGUAACAGUGUUUGCUACUUGCUACUGACUACAGUCAAACUCUUAUUUUAGAAUAUUCCAUAAUAUGGUCUCUUUAAUGAACCUCAUUAUGAAUGUAAAGAAUCAAUCAAUUAAAUUCAUUAAUUUUAAAGGGUACAGAAGCUUUAAAUCAUGGAAAAGGUCUAAAAAUUAUUAAUCAUAUAAAAAUCACACUAAAAAAUCAUCACACUUCAUGUCAUUAUAACAGAAGGGGCUGUAGGAGCCAAAGUCCUAUCCUCUUGGCAGCUAUUAUUUCUAUGAAGAGUUCAUUUCUGGUUAGGAUGACCAAUAAGAUUUAUCUGAUUACCCAGAGUGUUAGUUUGACCAAAGUCAAGCAUAUAUGCACACAGACUGAACCAAUAUGGGGGUAAAUAUGUGAACGUAUUAAAUACAUCCAUCCUCUAGUUCUAGUCUUACUACUCCAGGAUCUAAUUUUCCAAAGAUAUCCAGCAGACACCACUGGACAACUGUGGGGGAAGUCAAACAUCUCUUAGAUACUUUGGAGUGUUUUUCAUUACAUUUAACACAUUUUAUAAAAGUUAAUUAAUGGUUUAAAAAAUAUUCCUAUUCAUUACUCUGUAGGUAGAAGUAUAAAUACUAGGGUUUAAAAAACUUCUGUAGUAUCAACUCAAGCUUUUUACAACAAAAAAGUGUAAAAGUACAGGUUUCAAAACUACUUAAAGUAUAAAACUAAAAGUAAUAUAAGGGGAAAAAAAGGAGAAACACAUUUUUCUAAAAGCCAUAAUGACUAUAAUGUUAUAUUAAAAUAUUGAUGUUGAUAAAUUGGGUAUGCACUAGACUCCCUAGUGUAUCAGCUGCAUAUAUACAUGCUGAUUGUAAAUGAAUGUAUUUUAGUAGAAUGUAAAUAUAUUAAAGAAGUUUAGUUGGA